AUGUCAGGAGUAACAGAAGCCUUCGAGACACUUUCCGUGAAAUCCGUCGAGCUGGACGAACGGGCAUGGACGGCCCAAUCAGAGGCCAUCAAUUCCGAAAUCCAGGACAUUUUGGUCGACGUGCUAGUGGUGUUUCUGCAGCUUCCAGACCUCAACACCGCCAUGAGCUCGGUUGAGGCGUGGGCGGGUGCCUUUGAGCAGCUUUUCGAGCUUGUUCCGGGACUCAAACCGGUUUUUGAAAUGGCCCCGCUGGACGACGCCGAAUUGCACUUUGAAGGCAGACCUGGGCGCUUCUACCUGCCCAUCGAGGAGGAGUACUUCCUCGCCACCUUCUUUCAGGAUUUCUGGGACAUGCUUGUCAGCACAGAUAAGUUGGGCGACUUGGCCGCCGGAAGCACCUUGUCGGACCCUCGUGACGACCUGAUAAAUGUGUACGAGUACGUCAAGGAACGAAAGCAAGGUGCACCCAGAAGACGCUCCAGGAGGGAGAGUUCCUUCAAAGAGACGGUACUUCCUUUAAAAAAAGAUUAUGCCCUCAGCGAUAACACCACUUCUGAGGCGCUUGAGAAGCACUUGUCGUCGAUGUUGGAUGCUGCCAAGAGCAGCGAGGCUCCGUACGACAAGCUCUUGGACACAGCACAGGCCAUACAUGCCAGCACCGACAGCCACGUUGGCAAUUUUUUUUCGACUUUUAAAAGGCAGGAGUUCUCUGCAUUGUAUGCUGCCGUUCGUGGCACCCCUGCAGCACAGGGCUUGUUGGACGUUUUGACAAAGUACUACGUUGAGUACUUGGCCGAGCCCCACAUGUUCAAUGCACCAGAUUUUGGCACUCUCGUGAAGGACCUUCAACGUGUACAGCUGCGUGAGGACGGCCGUUCGGCCUCGGUAUCUAAAUAA